GCAGCGUAUCGUAAGCCUAUGAAGUUUCUUCCAAACUCUGUUGAUUGAAAUUCCCAGUCGAUUAACCUUGAAAGAAGCUUCAGCGUUUUUUCCCCUCUAUAAUGGAUUUCUUCAAAUCCGUUUUCUCGGACGAUCCAGAUCCUCCGCCAGCCAAACAAGAAUCAGAUUCUCCCCGAAAUGAAGUUCAUCAAGGAAGCCCAGAUGCCGACCCUCAACGAACCAAUCCGGAUUCCAGCGACAGUGGUUCUGGAGCGUGGAGCUUCGGGGGUCUGUUCAAAACCAUAUCCACCAAAUCCGAAUCAGUCUUGGAGACAUACCGUCGCGAUCUCAAGGAAUUCGGAUCGGGUCUAAGGAAGGAGAUCGAGGUUGCCCAGGGUUCGCUCGAGAACGUGAGUCAUAAAAUUGACGAAAUUGGGAGCAACGUUUGGAAAGAGACGACCCAGAUCAUCUCACAAGGUAAGGACGCAAUCCUCUCUGCUGAUCACGAAUCUGAUUCUUCGGAUUACAAUAAUAGUGAUAGGAAUAGUAGUAACAAAAAGUAUAGUCGUUUCGAUGCACAAGUUCGCGCGAUUCAGGGCGAUGCGAGCACGUAUUGCGAUGAGCCUGAGGAUUUGGAUGACUAUAACAAGUGGAUAUUAGGGUUUGAUUUGAAGGAGAAGAGUGAGGACAUGGAGAGCUUGUUUGAGGAGAAUGGGGCAAUGGAGAGUAUAUAUAAGAGGGUUGUUCCAAGUAGUGUGGAUCAUGAGACAUUCUGGUGUAGGUAUUACUAUAGGGUGUAUAGGCUUGAGCAAGUUGAUCAUUUGAGAGCUAUUAUGGUGAAGAGAGCGACGGAAGAGGAGGAUUUGAGUUGGGAUGUUGAUGAUGAGGAAUUUGAGGAGGAGAGCACUGGGUUGUCUAAACCUAAUUCCAAGGCUAAAGAGGAGGUGGGUAGUAAAUAUUCUGGUGAACUUUUGAAAGAGGAGGCAUUGCAGGGUGUUAGUUCUGGGGAUUCUAAUGAGAUGCAAGAGAAGGUUAAGCCAGAAAAAGAGACUAAUGUGGUACCCGAAGGCGAAAUAUUGGAGAAUAGAAAUUCUGAGCAAAUUGUGAAGGAGGUUUCUGUUCAGGAAUCUGACAAGAAAGAAGACGACAUAUCCGAAGUGGACAAAGAGGGUAAAGGAAGUGUUGAUGGAUCUAACAAUGAAAAUUUUGAUGAUAAGAAGAUGAAUUUGGAUAAGAGUAAUGAAGGUGAUGUGUCUAAAUCAGAUGAGAAAGUGGCUUUGGAAGGGAAGGGUGAUGCUGGAGAAUCUGUGAAAGACGGUGAUUCUUCAUUGACAUCCGCUCAUGAGGAAGAAGACCUCGGUUGGGAUGAGAUUGAGGAUCUUAGCAGCAUCGAGGAAAAGGAUGAUAGAAAAGUGAGUCAUGGUGGGAGCCCUAAUAGAGCUGAUCUUCGAAAACGACUGAGCACUGCAGAAGACGAUGAAGACUUGAGUUGGGAUAUUGAAGAAGAUGAUGAGCCAGUGAAAGCUCAAGGCUACCUAAGUGCUCUUGUAUAACUUACCAAAUCCUGCUAUCUUUUCUUCCACAAUUCUUGCAUUAAGUGUUACAUGGUGUCGUUUACUUGUUUCUUCCAAGUGCAAAUAUGUUCUGUGAUUGUGUACAAGUGGGAAAUAAGAUCUUCUGUUCUCACUAAUUUGUAGAUUCUUCAAAAGAUGUGCAAUAUGCAUUUAUUUGUUGAUUCU